AUGGUUGAAUAUAAUCACCUUAAAAUUAGUCUCGAAAAUAUUAGUUUAAUUAAACUAAAGGCAGUAUACAGAGGUAAUUUUCAUGACAAAAUAGAAGUACUCGAAUCUGACAUAGAUGAUGAACAGUACUUAGAUUUAAUUGAUACAGAAAAUGUUCAAAAAACAGAUUUAGUUUCUCGUGGACUGACAAGUUCAUUAAUAAAUAACUAUCUCAUUCCAAAUUGCGGAAUUUCUGUUUUACAACCAGCAAUCAACUCAUUUUUGUUAAGACUAUACAAUUUUCAAGACAAAAAACAAAAACUUAAACAUCUUGAAUCGAAGUUUAAUGAAAGAAAUUGUCAUAAAUUGGGGAAAUUUGCAUAUUUAUUUAAAAAGUGUGCUUGUAUUAAAAGAGAAAUAAAAAAAUUAGAGAAAUUAUUGCAAGAGUUAAGAAAUCAAGUCAGGCGGCUCGAACGCUUUAUUUUGAAAUGCUUCAUAGUUUCAAUAGAAAAGUCAUGGCAGGAUUUACGCAAAGAAGAUUUUGCAGUCAUUGAAGAGGAUGCAAAGGAAUGUACUUAUGAACAACUUUAUUCUAUUUGGAAAAGUCUAAAUUUAUUUAAAAAAUUCCAUAUAAUGUUUAACUUGUUGGUGUUCUCAAACUUGAGAAAAGACAAUUCAAAGUCAAAUUUUGGUUGUUUUGGUUGCUUUGGUUGCAGAAAUACUAAUAAGAAAUGCAAUAAAUCCAUAUUUGACGAAUUUACUAAAGCUAAAGAAAAGCUUCAACUUCAGAUUGAAAGCCUGGAACGUGAAUUCGGGAGUUGUAUUUCCUACUUGAUAUCUAAUAAUAUGUUUAAUGUAGAAGAAGAAUUAAUUAGUGAACACAAAUUUACUUCAUUGGUUGACUUAAUAGAACUAAUGGAAUGA